AUGAGGAUAGAAGGAGAAAAAGGUGUGAAAACACAAUCCGCGCCAAAACAUUGGCCGCGGACGCGCAAAAGGAUUUUGGCCGAGCAAUUCCAUUCUGGCCGACCGUCGGUCGAGCCGGGAAGGAAUAGCCGUGCUCGGCCGGAUAUCUACUUGCGCGACAGAAAACGUUCGAGCGCCACACGCGAACCGGGAAAGAAACGGCGCGAUCGGCCGAAAUUUUGUAUCGGAACGGACCGACCGUGCCGGUCGAUCCGGGAAACAAACGCUCGGCCUCGGCCGAAAUUCUCUCGGCCAAAACAAUUUGGCCGACCAAAUCGCUCGACCGCGACAAAAUCCAUCGGCCAUCGGCCCAAAACUUUUCUAGGCCAAGGUAAGUCCCCUUUUCAUUAA